CUGCUCUGCCCGUAGAUCUCCAUUGCGUAUGCGCAGCGAACAGCUGGCGGAAUCCGCAUCUUUCCAACGCAGCUUCCGGUUUUGUGGCGGUUCCUCUGGCUGGACAGUCGGUGGGCAUUGGUUCGGCAGGUAAAUCAGAGGAUUCACUGUUGCGUCUAUGGCUGCCUCACAAACUUCACAGACUGUUGCAUCUCAUGUUCCCUUUGCAGAUUUAUGUUCAACUUUAGAACGAAUACAGAAAAGUAAAGGACGUGCAGAAAAAAUUAGACACUUCAAGGAAUUUUUAGAUUCUUGGAGAAAAUUUCAUGAUGCUCUUCAUAAGAACCAAAAAGAUGUUAAAGACUCUUUUUAUCCAGCAAUGAGACUUAUUCUUCCUCAGCUAGAAAGAGAGAGAAUGGCUUAUGGAAUCAAAGAAACUAUGCUUGCUAAGUUUUACAUUGAAUUGCUCAAUUUACCACGAGAAGGAAAAGAUGCUCUUAAACUCCUAAAUUACAGAACACCUACUGGAACUCGUGGAGAUGCUGGAGACUUUGCAAUGAUUGCAUACUUUGUGUUGAAGCCAAGAUGUUUGCAGAAAGGAAGUUUAAACAUCCAGCAAGUCAAUGAACUUUUAGACUCAAUUGCCAGCAAUAAUUCUGCCAAAAAAAAGGACCUAGUGAAAAAGAGUCUUCUUCAACUUAUAACUCAGAGUUCAGCACUUGAACAAAAGUGGCUUAUACGGAUGAUUGUAAAGGACUUAAAGCUUGGUUUCAGUGAGAAAACUAUAUUAUCUGUUUUUCAUAACGAUGCUGCUGAGUUGCAUAAUGUCACCACGGAUCUAGAAAAAGUCUGCAGGCAACUCCAUGACCCCUCUGUUGGACUCAGUGAUAUUUCGAUCACAUUGUUUUCUGCCUUUAAACCAAUGCUGGCUGCCAUAGCAAAUAUUGAGCACAUUGAGAAGGACAUGAAACAGCAGAGUUUCUACAUCGAAACCAAGCUCGAUGGUGAACGCAUGCAGAUGCACAAAGAUGGAGAUGUGUAUCGGUACUUCUCUCGAAACGGGUACAACUACACUGAUCAGUUUGGUGCUUCUCCCAAUGAAGGUUCUCUUACCCCCUUCAUUCAUAAGGCGUUCAAAACAGAUGUGCAGACCUGUAUCCUGGAUGGAGAGAUGAUGGCCUACAACCCCAACACCCAAACUUUUAUGCAAAAGGGGAAUAAGUUUGACAUUAAAAGAAUGGUGGAAGAGUCUGAUCUGCAGACUUGUUACUGUGUUUUUGAUGUGUUGAUGGUUAAUAAUAAAAAGCUAGGACGCGAGACCCUGAAAAAGAGGCAUGAGAUUCUUAAUAAUACCUUUACCCCAAUACCAGGUAGGAUGGAAAUAGUACAGAAAGCACAAGCUCGUACUAAGAAAGAAGUCAUUGAUGCACUGAAUGAAGCAAUUGAUAAAAGAGAAGAGGGAAUCAUGGUCAAACAUCCUCUGUCCAUUUAUAAGCCAGACAAAAGAGGCGAAGGGUGGCUAAAAAUUAAACCAGAGUAUGUCAACGGAUUAAUGGAUGAGUUGGACAUCUUAAUUGUGGGAGGCUAUUGGGGAAAGGGCUCCCGCGGUGGCAUGAUGUCUCAUUUUCUGUGUGCCGUAGCAGAGAAGCCCCCUUCUGGUGAGAAACCAACUGUGUUUCAUACGCUCUGUCGUGUCGGCUCAGGGUACACCAUGAAAGAAUUGUAUGAUCUAGGUCUAAAACUGGCCAAAUACUGGAAACCUUUUCAUAAAAAAGCACCCCCAAGUAGCAUUCUGUGUGGAACAGAGAAACCAGAAGUGUACAUUGAACCUUGUCAUUCUGUCAUUGUUCAGAUUAAGGCAGCAGAGAUUGUCCCCAGUGAAAUGUAUAAGACUUGCUGUACCUUGCGUUUUCCGAGAAUUGAGAAGAUAAGGGAUGACAAAGAGUGGCACGAGUGCAUGACUCUGGAUCAGCUAGAGCAGCUGGGGGGGAAGGCCUCCGGGAAGCUUGCCUCCAAGCACCUGGACCUGGACAGUACCGAUGAGCCAAAAGAGAAAAAGCGGAAAACCGCCCCAAAGGUGAAGAAAGUCAUUGGGAUUCUUGAACACUUGAAAGCACCUAACCUCUCUAACGUAAGCAAAGUUUCUAAUAUAUUUGAGGAUGUAGAGUUCUGUGUUAUGAGUGGAACAGUCAGUCAUUCAAAACUUGACCUGGAGAACAGAAUUGCAGAAUUUGGUGGUUACAUAGUACAAAACCCUGGUCCCGACACGUACUGUGUCAUUGCAGGCUCAGAGAAUAUCAGAGUGAAAAACAUUAUUUCAUCUGAUAAACACGAUGUUGUCCGGCCCGAGUGGCUUUUAGAAUGUUUUAAAGCCAAGACCUGCUUGCCAUGGCACCCUCGCUUUAUGAUUCACAUGUGUCCAUCAACAAAACAGUAUUUUGCCCGUGAAUAUGAUUGCUAUGGUGACAGUUAUUUUGUGAACACAGAUUUGACCCAACUGAAAGAAGUGUUCUCAGGGAUUAAAAAUCCUCAUGCCCAGAGCCCUGAAGAAAUGGCCUCUGUGAUUGCAGAGUUAGAGUGUCGUUAUUCCUGGGACCGCUCUCCUCUCAGUAUGUUUCGACACCACACCAUUUAUCUGGACCUGUACACUGUUGUUAAUGACUUGAGUACGAGCAUCAAGGGAGCAAGGUUAGCUGUUACAGCUUUGGAGCUUCGCUUUCAUGGAGCCAAAGUGGUCUCUUGUUUAGCUGAAGGGGUGUCUCACGUGAUCAUUGGGGAAGAUCAGAGUCGGGUGGCAGAUUUUAAAGCUUUUCGAAGAACUCUGAAGAAAAAGUUUAAAAUUCUCCAAGUAGCUUGGGUAACUGAUUCAAUAGACAAAGGUGAGUUAGAGGAGGAAAGUCGGUAUUUGAUUUAAAGUUGGCUUUUUAGUGAGGAAAACCUUGAAUCACACGGACUCAUUGCAACAGAUAGUAAUGAUAAACUAUUUUAUUUUUGUGUUUAAAACAUGUACUUAGUACAUACAGGAAAACAAAAAAAAUUUUUCUAAGAUAAAAAGCAACAGAAUGAUCCAAAGCCAGGAAAGAAAUUCUCUCACUAGUAUAUAUUUUAUGACUUUUUAUAACAAAGAUGAAACAAAUGAAGAUAUAUUUAUAUCCAUAUGGAAGGUUACUAUUGGACUCAGAUAUUAAUAAAAUACAUUAGGAAGCCUUUACAAUAUUGAUCCUCUAAACGUUAUUUUUCUAAAAUCAACUAAAAUUUUUAAUAAGGAUAUUUUAAGGGAAAAAAUACCAUGAAAUUGUUAAGUUUGCCCUGUGAAAACAUGUCCAUUUACUUGAAGCCUAAAAUGCAUGUUUUAAAAGUGGAAUGUAAAUAAAUUUAUUUUUUAAGACUAAGUUAUUUAAAAUCUGUGUGUAUAGCAUAUAUUAUGAGUGAAUUUGUAUAACAAAUUUUCCACUAUAUGUUUAAAAAUGUGUGUUCUUGAAAUGAAGGGAAUUUGCAACCUGUACUGUUGUAUAUAAGUUAUUUAGAAGUAGAAUAAAUGUAUGUGAUUAUGUUAUAUUAAUUUAAAUAAAAUAUCUAAUAUAGUGUUAAAA